GAUACAGCCUGUAGUUUCAGGGUCACAGCCACACUCAGGGCAGGUCAAAGAGCAUCACUGUCUCAGUACUUACUCAGCCACCACCAUGGGGAAUUGCAUCCAGGGAUGCAAAGACUACUUCUCUCGGCAAAAGAACACCAACAUCCGUCUUACACUGCCGGUAGUCUGCUUCGUCUGGCAGAUUGCCAUGAUCAUCCUCUUCGGAGUCUUCAUCCGCUACGACGAGGAGUCGGACACACACUGGGUAGAGACCAAGGCCCAUGACAACAUCACCAGCGACAUAGAGAAUGACUUCUACUUCAGAUACCCCAGCUUCCAGGAUGUCCAUGUGAUGAUCUUUGUGGGUUUCGGGUUCCUCAUGACUUUCUUGAAGAGGUACAGCUUCGGUGCAGUCGGCUUCAACUUCCUCGUUGCCUCCUUCGGCCUGCAGUGGGCUCUGCUCAUGCAAGGCUGGUUCCACUCUCUCGAUCCCCAGACAGGAAAGAUCUUCAUCGGUGUUGAAAGUCUGAUCAAUGCUGACUUCUGUGUGGCGGGCUGUCUCAUAGCCUACGGGGCAGUGCUGGGCAAAGUCAGCCCGGUUCAGCUGUUGGUUAUGACCCUGUUUGGUGUCACUCUGUUUGCUGUGGAAGAGUACAUCAUUCUGAACUUACUUCAUGCUAGGGAUGCCGGUGGCUCCAUGGUUAUUCACACCUUUGGAGGUUAUUAUGGUCUGACCAUAUCCUGGGUCCUUUACCGACCUAAUUUAAACCAGAGCAAGCGUAUGCAGGGCUCUGUGUACCACUCCGAUAUCUUCGCCAUGAUCGGCACACUGUUCCUGUGGAUGUUCUGGCCCAGUUUCAACUCGGCCAUUACUGACCAUGGAGACGGUCAGCACAGGGCAGCCAUCAACACCUACCUGUGCCUGGCCUCCACUGUCCUCACCACAGUGGCCAUCUCCAGCCUCUCCCAGAAGACUGGCAAGCUUGACAUGGUGCAUAUCCAGAAUUCCACCCUGGCGGGGGGUGUUGCCUUGGGGACAGCGGCUGAGUUUAUGAUCUCUCCCUACGGCGCUCUGAUCGUGGGCUUCUUCUGCGGCAUCAUCUCUACCAUGGGCUACAUCUUCAUUUCUCCCUUCUUGGAGAAGACACUGAAGAUUCAGGACACGUGUGGAAUACACAACCUGCACGCCAUGCCUGGGGUGAUUGGCGGGAUAGUUGGAGCCAUCACUGCUGCAGCUGCCAGCGAGUCAGUCUACGGAAAGCAGGGGUUGAUCAACACGUUUGACUUCACUGGAGACUUUAAGGACAGAACCGUGUUAACUCAGGGUGGAUACCAGGCCGCUGGAAUGUGUGUGUCCAUCGUCUUUGGGGUUGUAGGCGGAGCUAUAGUCGGUUCCAUCCUGAGGUUACCCAUCUGGGGAGAUCCUGCUGAUGAGAACUGUUUCGAUGAUGAGGUGUACUGGGAGCUCCCUGAUGAAGAGGAGGAGCAUCAGGAGAGCAUCCCUCCCAUUCUGGAGUACAACAACCACAUGAUCCACAAGCAGCAAGACCUAUCUGAGUCCAACUUCUCUGUGGAACACUGUGAAAGCUAAAUACAGAGGUGUGAGGACACCACCACCCAAACAUGUCCUGCUGGACCAUGGAAUUACCACGGAAAUCCAACAGACAACCGCACUCCCCCUAAAUGAAGGCACCUAUACAAGGCACAUUAUAACAUGCUUUCUUGCAUCUUAUGUUAAGGUCAUUACCUAAAUUUGAAGCCAUUAGAUACUGCACGUGCCUUCACCCCUCCCCCCACCAGCCACCACCCACUCCAUUAGAUCACAUACACUUCCUAUAUGGAUAUGCACUGGCACGGAACACUGUGUCCUGAAUUCUGGUAGAAUGCUGAUCUAUUGAAAGGACCUCUAAGAUCUGCACUUAAUCAACAUGAUGUAUGUCUAAUUAUAACCUCCACACAAAAUGGCCAAUAGAGCUUUUCAUUGAAUGAGGAUGAGGAAAGGAUUUUUCAUGAAAUUACUUUGACCAAUCCUCAUUCUGUGGCCUUGUAUGUUGUACAUUUUCUUCCCAUUUUCUUUUCAGAGAAAAUUGUAUUUUAAUAUAUCUGGUGCAUAUGUAAAGAGGACAGUAGUUUACUUUUAGUUCAAAGUGAAUAUUUUGUCUCUAGUCCUCUGAAAAACCAAAAAUGGUUUUGCUCUAUUUUUACAGUGCAGGAGUACCCUUUGAGUCCCCAAUAUGAUCGUUUUCUUUGUUUGGGAUAAAGAUUUAAACUAUUUAACCAAAUAGUUAGUGUUGAGGUGUAGAAGUACAUUUAAACUUUAGUUGAACGUUUUUGGUGACAUGAUGUAUUUAAACAGCUUUUAAAGCUAUGUACAUUGCCAACACAUUUUCAUCACCAUCUCUAAUGAUUCAAUGUAUCCCUGCCUUCUGAGAUGCCCUCUAUGUCUUCCAUCUCUUAAUGAUGUUUUUACUGUACUGUUAAAAUCAUGUUUAUUUAAAUGUUGCUACUCAUAUAACUUAAUAAAUCAAAUAUGAGGUUAGA